ACGAUGUAAACAACGCGAGACGUCCGAUAACGCCGUAAAAAAUAUAAAUAGCAAUGCAUGCGCGUGCAAAGAUUCGAUAUAAUCGCUAAAAUAACUCAAUUUAAAAGUACAAACGGAAGAUAGCGAAAGGAAAUACUUGUAAAACUAAUUAACCAAAUCACAAGAUAUAUAAAUGUUUAAAAAGAGAUAUUAAAGGUUUUUCUACAUAUAUAUGUUUAUAUUUCCAUUCUGUUUUUUGUACCAAAUUUUGCAUGUAUCUAUCUUAUUUAUGUCAUGUCGCUUGAUUUGAACAAGCUGAAGAAAAGAGUGCCAUUAGAACGGUCGAAGAAAAAGACAGAUAGGUAUGAUGGAUUGUCAGAGAAAGAACUCGAAAAGUAUAUGUUGGAAGAUUAUCUGGAAAUGAAUCUGGAUAUAGUCUUUGUCGGCAUUAAUCCAAGUCUGAUGGCAGCACAUCGUGGUAGAUAUUAUGCAGGUCCCGGUAAUCACUUCUACAAACUCCUACAUGAAUCUGGCUUGACACCGAGAUGCAUCAGUUUUGAAGAAGAUUACAAGCUCUUGCAAUAUGGUAUUGGUUUGACAAACAUUGUAACACGUCCGACCAGAUCCGCCGCAGACUUGAAGCGCGCAGAAAUCAAAGAGGGUACGGGAAUAGUUGAGGAAAAACUGAAAAUAUACAAGCCCAAAAUCGCAGUGUUCAAUGGUAAAUGCAUAUACGAAGUAUUUGCCAAUCUCAAUAGUAAGUCUACAUUUUAUUUUGGAUUGCAACCUGAACGCAUUGGCGAAACGGCAAUCUGGGUAACGCCGUCGUCUAGCGCACGUUGUGCUCAUUUUCCGAGAAUGGUCGACAAACUGCACUUUUACACAGCACUGAAGAAGUACUUGGAUUUUCUAAAAGGUGAAAUUACCGAUGUCGACGUGGAGGAAUUUCAAUUUGAAGGAAAAUGCAAGCAGUCUGUGGCUAGCACUUCCAAGAUGUGGCGCCGAAAAACUAUGUCCACUUUUUUGCAUGGAGGUAGAGUUGUUAACAAAAAUACACUUUGUCUGGAUACGUCAGAGGAAGAUAUAGCUGCAGUUCGCACAACAGGAUUUCUCUUAGAAUCAUUGAAUCAUGAAAGUCACAAUAAAAAUAAAGAUAUGACUAAAAAUGAAGAAACACACAGAGUUCAAAGUGAAAAUCGGACAUUGUUUAACAAACCUGCAGAAAAAACUGAGACGAACACUAUGAAAAUAGAAAAUUUUGCAACUCCUGAUACUAUUACUGGAGAUAUAAUUGUUGAAACAAUGAAUAAGGAAAUUUCUGAUGUUGAUAAAAAUCAGGAUUGCAGUGCUAUAAGUAAUAAUACAUUAAGUCAAGAAAGUACAAUACAUUGUAAAAAAAAUAGAAAAUGUAAGUCUUCACGAAUUACUCCGAGAAUCGUAGACAUUCGGAGCACUUUGAAAAACAAAAAUAAAAGCGAGUCGUUAGAUUUUAUCAGCUUAAUUAAACAAAGGUUAUCUCAAAAAACUAACGACGACGAUGCAAUUAUAUCUGCUUAAAAACUAAGUAUUUUCUCAUCUACAAUAUAAUCAGUUAAAAUAAAUAUUUAUUUUGCUUUUUAUCUGAUAUAUUUUUA